UGAUAGUGCUGGAUACACGAAAAGAAAAAGGAGUCUGGAUCUCAAAGAUACUACUAAAGUUAUCCCAAAAGAGGCUACCAAAGAUAUCCAUCUUGUCUGUGGUACGAUAAGGCCUAUUGAAGAGCGUGAAAAGGUCACUAUGCAUUUUAAAAGUAAAGCUGAAUGUGGAGGAAAGUCGAGCAGUCUGGAUUCUGCAGCAGCCUUCCCUCGGAAGGACGGCUCCAACAAAGAGAUGUGCAGUGAUCCUGAUGUGAAAAGAGGGAAAAGGGAAUUGCAGGAUUUGAGGAUUCUUAAUAGCCGAGAGAAGAAAAAAAAGAAGGUUGAGGCGGAAUGUGCCAAAUUAAAACAAACUGUAAAACGUCUGCUGGAAACUGCACAGAACACUUCAAAAAAGUCACAUCCCAUCGUUUCAUCCUUUAGCUUAUCAGGUACUAAACGACCGUCUUGGCAAUCCUCUGUGCGCACUCCUGAAGGAGCCAAACAUGCUUCCUUAGAACUACCUCGCAAAACCGACAAAGGGAUGAAAUGUGCACCCUUGCACCACUUGCGUGAACUAUGUCACCAGAGAGAAUAUAAACAGAAAGAACAAUUUCAUCGUGAACCCCGCAAGAAUAUUGGUAAUGCAAGGACCCAAGGGGAUAGAUUUGAGCCUGCAGCAUUUCAGAUGAGUCAGAUGCAGAUUGUAGAAGAACUGCAUGCUGCUCGCAUUGACAAAACGAUGGCUUUGCCUGUGGUUCAGACUUGUGGAGAGCUGACCAACAUGGAGAUAGAUCUUCCAGAUGAUGAAUCAAAUAUGUCUGCUAGAACUCUUUCUGGCCUGAAUAGUUUGAUUGUGAUUGAUACUAAUAUAAUGAUCAGCCAUCUAGAAUUCAUCAAGUCUUUGAAGAAUACAGAUAUCCCAGGAGUUGGCAGAUUUGUCCUUGUCAUUCCCUGGGUCGUUUUGCAAGAACUGGAUAACUUAAAAAGGGGGAAAUUUUUGGCAAAGGUUGGGCAAAAAGCAAUCCCUGCAGUUCACUUCAUCUACACUUGCCUGAAGAACCAAGAUCCAAGGUUGUGGGGUCAAUCUAUGCAACUUGCUUCUCAGCAAACACGUGGUUUCCGUGUUGAGAACAAUGAUGAUCGUGUGUUGCAAUGCUGCAUGCAGUAUCAGAACCUCUUUCCUCAAGCUGAAAUUGUACUGAUGACGGAUGAUAAAAACCUGUGCAACAAGGCCCUUGUCAGUGAAGUUAAGGCACUUAGCAAAGCAGACUUUGUUACUGCACUCCAGAAGCUGACUAGAGACACCAUAAUGCUGACUCAAGAUGCUUCUAGCGGCCAGUCCCAAUCGGAAAAAGCCUCAAGUGAACAAGGAAUUUGCUUAACAGAUACGAUAACCAAGAAGGCUGGGGAUAACUUUGCUGAUCCAAGGAUUAUUGUUGACAUUAAAGAAAGCUUGCAAGAAGUUUUAUCUUGUAUACUGGAAACUGAAAUGAAGAUUGGUUUUGGAGACCUUUGGGAAGAGGUAGUGUAUCAUCACCCCCCCUGGACAUUAGCAAAGGUGUUGGAGUGCUACAAAAAACACUGGGUGGCUGUUUUUGGAAUGGUUAUAUCAAGAAACUUUCUUUCAACCAUUGAAUAUCUACAUGAACAUCUCUGUAAAACUUCUGUGCUUAAACCCUCAGCAGUGAAUGAGGUGCUCCAGGAAUCUAAAAUGCUGUUGGAGGAGUUCAGCUCAAGAUCAGAAUAUGAUGGUAUCCUUCCCAAGGCUUUAGCUCAGGUGAAUAAACUGCUCAAGACGCUUGAGAAGCCAGAUGCUGGACCAAAUACUCCAGAUACCCUCAAAUCUACUUCAGGAGCUACUGCUUGUGAACAAAUGGAAGAUGUAGCUUUGACCCAGCACACUCAAGACGUAGAUACAUCUUUGUCACCUAAGCCUUUAGCCCAAGGAAACAGGCAUGUGGAAAUCUGGUCUGUCCUUGAAAGCGUCUGGAACACAAUAAACCUAUUCAGUCUAGAACUUUUCCAGAAGCUGGACCUCAAUAUGGCUACCACCACUCAGAAUAUGCACUCAUUUAAAGACGCUUUCGUAGGUUUGCAGGAGUUAAUGGCGGCAGUGAGUGAAAUCCUAGCAGGAAUUCGGCAGGUUUUAGUGCCAAACAGUAGCUUUCAAGAUGUCUGGGCUCUCUAUAGCUUUUUAACUAAUAAUAAGAUGCACAAUAAUACGAAAUUUACUGCUGAGGAACUUUAUGACUGCAUUUCCCAAGAGGUGUACAGGGACCGUUUAUCGGUUGGAUGCUGCCAACUAGCUCAACUGGACAACAAUAUUAAACAGUGCUAUGAAUCUGUCUGCCUGGAGAUAAAGAACAGGGGUUGGCUCUAAUUGUGCAAUCAGCUGCAGCUUUUGAAUUGUAGAGUUGGAAGGGACCCUGUGGGUCAUCUAGCCCAACUCCCUGCAGUGAAGGAACACGUCAGUUUGAUGGCCCAGCCAAAGAUGGACCAUAGAGCAGUGUUACUAAAUGGCAUUAUUUGCACUCUCGGCAGCUAUGCUUAAGGUCCCAAACUAUACAUUACAUUAAUUGUGUAGUUUGGUGCUGUUCUUCCCCACCCACCCCUUAUCUAUAUAGCAGCUGCUGAGGGGAGGGGGGGUUAGGA